AUGCAGAAUCUGGGUGCGCCCAUUGGCUCCGAGGCGCAGACCGCCUGCCCGUUUUGCUUGGGAGUUUGGGAGCGUGAUCUGAGCACAAAGCAGCAGGCAGAUCGCGAGCUGCCGCACGUUCUCAUCCACGAGGCCUGUGCCCACCCCAGCACUAUUUCGAAUCCCGAAUUCGACUCCUCCUCGCACGGGGCACCCCCAACCCGAUCUAUCCGAUUACGACCCACAUCAGAUCGAAGACGCGACCCUCCCAACCUGAGACCCACCGCUCCACAUGAGCUGACGCAGGCGCGGAUGCCGGGCGCUGAGCACACGCUCUCGCACCCGCCCUCUCCACGGCCAAGCCGCUGA